AUAAAUAUAUUCGCCUCCUGCAUAAUUACAGCCCUAAUCCUACUUAUCUUACCAAUUAUAUUAUCCUUUACUAAACUUUACAAAAACAAACUAUAUCCACAAUAUGUAAAAACAACCACCUCCUAUGCAUUUAUAAUUACUAUAAUCCCCACAAUAAUAUUUAUUUAUUCCGGACAAGAAAUAAUUAUCUCAAACUGACAUUGAAUUACCAUCCAAACUAUAAAACUAUCCAUAAGCUUCAAACUAGACUACUUCUCAAUGAUCUUCGUACCAGUAGCUCUUUUCGUUACAUGAUCUAUUAUAGAGUUCUCCAUAUGAUAUAUACACUCAGACCCAUACAUCAACCGAUUUUUCAAAUAUCUCCUUAUAUUUCUCAUCACCAUAAUAAUCCUUGUAACUGCAAACAAUAUGUUCCAGUUAUUUAUUGGCUGAGAAGGAGUAGGCAUUAUAUCCUUCCUACUCAUUGGAUGAUGAUACGGCCGAACUGACGCAAACACAGCCGCCCUACAAGCCGUCCUUUACAACCGAGUUGGAGACGUAGGAUUUAUAAUUACCAUGGCGUGAUUCCUACUAAACCUAAACACAUGAGACUUUCAACAAAUUUUUUUAACAUCCAAUAAUAACCUUGACCUCCCACUUUUUGGUUUACUACUAGCAGCCACUGGUAAAUCCGCUCAAUUCGGCCUACACCCAUGACUCCCAUCAGCCAUAGAAGGCCCAACUCCCGUCUCAGCGCUACUCCACUCCAGCACAAUAGUUGUAGCAGGGGUAUUUUUGCUUAUCCGCUUCCAUCCACUAUUAGAACAAAGCCAAACCAUUCAAACUCUCACCCUAUGCUUAGGAGCCAUCACCACACUGUUCACCGCAAUCUGUGCCCUAACACAAAAUGACAUUAAAAAAAUCGUAGCAUUCUCAACUUCAAGUCAACUAGGAUUAAUAAUCGUUACAAUCGGCAUCAAUCAACCCUACCUAGCUUUCCUACACAUCUGCACCCACGCAUUCUUUAAAGCCAUACUAUUUAUAUGCUCAGGAUCUAUUAUUCACAGCCUAAAUGAUGAACAAGACAUUCGAAAAAUAGGCGGGUUAUUCAAAACCCUUCCAUUCACCACAUCUUCCCUUAUUAUCGGAAGUCUCGCAUUAACAGGCAUGCCUUUCCUCACAGGAUUCUACUCCAAAGACCUAAUUAUCGAAACCGCCAACACGUCGAAUACCAACGCCUGAGCCCUCUUAAUUACUCUCGUUGCCACAUCCCUAACCGCUGCCUACAGUACUCGAAUUAUAUUCUUCACACUACUAGGACAGCCCCGCUUCACCCCCAUAAUCCUUAUCAACGAGAACAAUCCCCUCCUGAUUAACUCUAUUAAACGUCUACUCAUCGGAAGUGUAUUCGCGGGAUAUGUCAUCUCCCACAGCAUUACACCUACCACCAUCCCACAGAUAACUAUGCCUCAUUACCUGAAAAUAACUGCCCUCGCAGUAACCAUUUUAGGUUUCAUCCUGGCACUCGAACUAAACCUUACUAUACAAGGACUCAAAUUUAAUCAACCAUCUUACUACUUCAAAUUCUCAAACCUACUAGGUUAUUAUCCAAUUAUUAUACACCGUCUUACCCCAAAAACAAGCCUAACCAUGAGUCAAAGUUCAGCAUCUAUACUCCUGGACUCUAUCUGACUAGAAAGUGUCCUACCGAAGUCAAUCUCAUAUUUCCAAAUAAAAUCCUCCACCCUAAUUUCAAACCAAAAAGGCCUUAUUAAAUUAUAUUUCCUCUCCUUUAUAAUCACCAUACUCCUCAGCCUAAUAAUCCUUAAUUACCACGGGUAA